AGCGCGAACAAGCGUUGGCGAACGCAAACAAGCAUCGACGAGCGGAAAGCAGAGAGAUUUUCUUUAAAACGAGCGCGAACGAACAAUUCGCGGCCAUUUUACCAUUCGUUUGUGUUCCACAGUUUUCUGUUUUCGAGCAUGGAUUCGACUCGAAAGAAAAAAAUAAUAGUAGCAAGUGCUGCGUUUUUGUUUCUGAAAUUAAACGAGAAAAAACGCAGAAGGCGCCGUCGAUGGUGGAUGACAUCAAUAUUUAGAGACAGAGAAAACCGUAAUGCUUCAGAAUUAUUGCUUACCCUUACACAAGAAGAUUCCGGGCAUUUUACAAACUUUUCCAGAAUGACUGCCACUGAUUUUGAAGAAUUGUUGCAAUUAAUAGGACCAAAAAUAGUAAAAAAGGACACUUAUUACAGAGAAGCUAUUCCAGCAAAAGAAAGACUAAGUGUGACUUUAAGAUUUCUUGCAACAGGGGAUUCCUACGCCAGCCUUAGUUAUCUAUUUAAAUUUUCAAAACAAGUUAUUGCAACGAUUAUUCCUGAAGUUUGUGCUGCGAUAAUAGACGCUCUACGACAUGAAAUUAAGACACCAACUUCCAGGGAAGAAUGGCUCAAAAUUUCGGAAGAUUACUACAAUUUAUGGAAUUUCCCCCAUUGUUUAGGCGCGAUAGACGGGAAGCACAUAGCUUUACAAGCACCUAUCAACAGCGGUUCCGACUACUUAAACUAUAAAUCGCACUUCAGUAUUGUGUUAAUGGCAGUUGUUGAUGCAAAUUACAAAUUUAUUUAUGCAGACGUCGGUUGUCAAGGACGUAUUUCCGAUGGUGGUGUGUUUAAAAAUACUAGUUUCUAUCUUGACAUGGAAUCAAAUUCUUUAAACUUGCCAGAAGAAGCGCCCCUCCCAACAACCAAUUCUGUCGCACCUUACGUGUUUGUAGCAGAUGACGCGUUUCCGCUUAUGAAAAAUAUUAUGAAACCCUAUACAGGAUCCUGGGAAAAAGGUACAAAAGAAAGAGCUUUCAAUUAUCGACUGAGUAGAGCGCGACGAAUUGUUGAAAAUGCAUUCGGCAUAUUAUCGUCUGUAUUCAGAGUGUUCAGGAAACCAAUGCUGUUAAAUCCUGAUAAAGCAACUCUUGUUGUGCUUGCAUGUUUAUAUCUACACAACUUUUUAAGAAAUCGCAAAAACUAUAAUAAUUUUACCGAGAAGUCAGGUGUAGAAAAAAAAAGUACGCAAGGGAACGAUUACCAAGAAAGAUCGGCGUUUAGCUCUUUUCGAUGUAUUCCUCGAAAAACAGCCGAAAAUGUAAAAAAAAUCAGGGAUACGUUUGCGGAAUUUUGCAAAACAGAACGCGUUUCAUGGCAAGACGAUUAUGAGUAGGUUAUCUAUAUAUUGUUAUUAACUAUUAUUGUUCGUUACGGUAAAAUAUGUAUCUGAAUAAAAAUUCUUACUUCUGAAGUAUUUUGUGUUUUCCGUGGAGUAUAACGAU